AAUUACGAUGCUAAAGCCAUCCCUGAGGGGUACGUCCAUAUCUUCAUCUUCCAACGGCUUUUGUGCGGAGCGUGUGGGAGAGGGGGAUCUCCGAAACCCUAGAAUGGACGCGCACGUAGAGAAGGACAGAUCCGGCAAGAGAGCCCGAGAAGAUAGAGAUCACAGCGACCGCCACAGAGAACGCGAUCACGAUCGCAAUCGAGACCACAAGCACCGGAGCCACGACGACGAUGACAAGCGCCAUCGUGAUUCCGAUCGUCAUCACCAUCAUCGAUCCGACAAGGAUUCCAAGCGCGAGCACUCGCACAAAUCCAGGCGUGAAAGAUCGCGCGAGUUGUCGUAUGAUUCCAGGGAUGAGCGAGAAGGAAGCAGGGAUGGGGCUCACGAUAGGGACGGGAAGCGUGAUUGGUCUCACGAACCUGUAAAUGAGAGGGAGGGAAGCAGAGAGAGGCCGAAACAUCGGGCGAUGAAGCGUGAGGAAUUGUACGAGGAGAGGGAUUCAGACCAUGAAUUUAGGAGUGAGCGGGAAGAGUCAGUAGAGAGAGUGCACUCAUCGUAUUCGCACAAGAGGAAAGACAGGGAACACACUAAAGAUAAGGAUAAGGAUGAUAGGGAGGAAAAGAGGACAAGGGUUUCAGAAGAGGGGAAGGAGAGGAGGAGAUUCGAGGACAGGGUUGAGGAGGGCAAGAAGUUGAAUGGUGAGGUCAGAGAAGGAAGGAGGGAGAGGAGGAAGUUUGGGGAUAAGGUGAAGAAGGAAGAGCAUUUGGAAGACAAUGAAGAUGGGAAACACAUGAAGGUUAAGUCCGGGGAUAUAGUGAAGAAGGAAGAGGAUUUGGAAGACAAUGACAAUAGGAAACAAGUGAAGGAUAAUGAGGUGAAAGUGAAGGAAGAACCCAAGGAUCAGAAGUUUGACAAUGCCCAGGGUUCUGCCAAUGGAAAUGCUUCAGUUGGAAAUGGGUUUACCCUGGGAUCUCAUGCUAGCACUUCAAGGAGUGUGCCUGAAGCAUCUCUGGUUCCUAAUCCUUCCCCUUCUAUCAAGGUAUCUCCGAUUUCUACCACAAAUGAAAAUAAGGGCGUUAGUAUUAUCGGAUCUCAUGAGGUUACUGGAAAAUCUAGUACAGAUGGGUCAUCUUCAACUACUGGAAAAAGUGGAAACAUCUCUCUUGAUGCCUUAGCUAAAGCUAAGAAAGCUUUGCAAAUGCAGAAGGAGUUGUCAGAGAAGCUAAAGAAAAUUCCGCAGUUGAACAAGAGUUCUACAAAGGCUGAAGGAAGCACACAAUUAGGUUUUCAGGAUGAAUCUAAGAUGCCUUCUGUUAGUGCUGGAGUGGCAGCUAAAACUGCCACACCAGCUUCUGCAGGGCCUGUUGCAAACAUUUCUAAUUUUCCUGCAGCUGCAGCUGCUGCAAUGCCACCAACUGCAACCGAUACUGCUCCUGCUGGUAUUGGUACUCUACCUAACUAUGAAGCUGUGAGACGUGCCCAGGAGCUUGCUGCCAGAAUGGGUUUUCGUCAGGAUCCACAAUUUGCUCCUCUCAUAAACAUGUUUCCUGGGCAGAUGGUAACAGAUGUUGCUGUCCCCCAGAAACCUACCAAGGCCCCUGUUCUUCGUCUUGAUGCUCAGGGAAGGGAAAUAGAUGAACAUGGAAAUGUUGUUAAUGUGACUAAGCCAAGCAACCUUAGCACACUUAAGGUCAACAUCAACAAACAGAAGAAAGACUCGUUCCAAAUACUCAAGCCUGUUCUGGAUGUUGAUCCUGAGUCUAAUCCCCAUUUUGAUGACAGAAUGGGCAUCAACAAAACAAAACUCUUGAGGCCCAAGAGGAUGACGUUCCAGUUUGUCGAGGAAGGAAAAUGGUCAAAAGAUGCUGAAACAAUUAAAUUGAAGAGUAAAUUUGGAGAAGCUCAAGCAAAAGAACACAAAGCAAAGCAAGCGCAAUUGGCAAAGGCUAAGGCAGCACCUGAUAUAAAUCCAAACUUAAUUGAAAUAACAGAAAGAGUAGUAAUCAAAGAAAAACCCAAGGAGCAAAUUCCAGAAAUUGAGUGGUGGGACACACUUCUUUUGCGCUCUGGAAAUUAUGGUGACAUUGCUGAUGGGUCCAUAAGUGAGGAUAGUAUAAAGAUGGAAAAAAUCACCAUUUAUGUUGAGCAUCCUCGUCCAAUUGAACCACCUGCUGAGCCUGCUCCCCCUCCGCCUCAACCUCUAAAGUUAACAAAGAAAGAACAAAAGAAACUCCGUACUCAGAGACGUUUGGCUAAGGAGAAAGAGCGGCAAGAGAUGAUAAGACAGGGUGUCAUAGAACCCCCCAAGCCAAAAGUGAAGAUAAGCAAUUUAAUGAAAGUACUUGGCUCUGAGGCAACUCAGGAUCCUACCAGGCUUGAAAAGGAAGUUCGUAGUGCUGCUGCUGAGCGUGAGCAGGCUCACAUAGACAGGAAUAUUGCUCGCAAGCUCACUCCUGCUGAGCGCAGGGAAAAGAAGGAGAAGAAACUUUUUGAUGACCCAAGUACUCUGGAGACCCUUGUCUCAGUUUACAAGAUCAAUGACCUUUCACAUCCUAAAGCCCGCUUCAGAGUUGAUGUCAAUGCUCAAGAGAACCGUUUGACUGGGUGUGCUGUAAUCUCUGAUGGUAUUACUGUUGUAGUGGUUGAAGGUGGGAGCAAGUCAAUUAAGAGGUAUGGGAAACUUAUGCUUAGACGCAUAAAUUGGGGUGAAUUUUCCAAAGAAGAUGAAGAAAAUGAAGAAUCUGAUGAUGAUAAACCCGAGAAUAAGUGUGUUCUAGUGUGGCAAGGGAGUGUUGCUAAGCCAAGUUUCAACAGAUUUUUCGUCCAUGAAUGCAUGACCGAAGCAGCCGCCCGCAAGAUUUUUGCUGAUGCUGGUGUUGGCCACUACUGGGACCUUUCGGUCAACUAUGUAGAGCAAUAGAAGAUCAUGUAUCAUUUUGAAAGCUGUACAAGCAAGCACCUUGUCUUCUAGCUGCCUCGACUAAUUAGUGGUGAGUGAUCGUUUUUAGAGUUAUGCAUUUCGCAAUAUUAUAUGAAAGACAAUCCCAAGAAAUAAGACAGUUGCUAGUGCUCUCUUGUCUCUGAAUCCCAAUGAUGAUUCUAGAUUUGGUAGAUGUAAUGUAAGUGUUGUUCAGCGAUUGUGAUGAUGUCCAUUCAAGAUCUUGAGGAUCAAUUGAUCAUGUAGGACGUCACUCUCACAUAUUCUUCCCAUUCAGGACUGGCACCCAGAUGUUUCCCAAUCUGUAUAGCUUCUUGAGGAAUAUGCUAAUUUUCUUUUGAUCUGCCCGUUGUAUGCUCUAACAUGAUCAGGUUGGCUAUGUCAAUGAAUCUGUAUCUUGUAUUUGGUCAAAUUUUAGCCCUUUACUAGUCAUGAAUAAUGCAGUUAGAUACCGUA